AUGGCUGGGAAGGAGUACACAAUCGUUGUACUCUCCUCAUCCCCACCCGCCCCCGAUGCAUACAAUGCUCCGCGCUAUGCGGCGCCCACGAGACGCGUCGCAAUGUCCCCAUCCUCGCCGUUCGCUCUAUCUCCGCCCUCUAGCCCAGGGAAGAACACACCCGGCGCAUUGAUGUCCGGUUCUCGAGCCGUUCCAAUCCCUGAAAAGGCUACAAGAGGAUUCGCCACCAUGAGCAGCCUCGUUCACUCAGAGCACUUCGCACAGCAGCUAGACGACGAGUUCGUAGGUGUAACAAGAACAAAAUCACGGAGAGGGUCACUCAAAGGCAUAGGGGAAGGAGUUGCGGCUGCGAAGAAGCCCAGGAAGCGAUCUACCAAGAAUGCGACGGCUGUCGACGGUGAGAAGCCGGAACCGAAGCCAAGAGGCAGGAAACCAAAAGCAGACAAAGAGCUCGACAACAACAAUACUACCCUCGACCCUGAACUCGGGCUUCGACGUACUACGAGAUCACCCUUCUUUGAAAAUGCAGAAGCGCAAACGACAGUCAAGAGCCCUACCGAACCUGCAGCACAUGCGCCGAAGUUGACGAAGUCGGGCAAGCCACGAAAACCACGAGUGACGAAGGAGAAGCCUGAAAAUGGUGAUACGGAGCCGAAGCCAAAGAAGACGAGGGUUACGAAACCCAAAGCCGCGGCUGCUAAGACGGGCAAUGCGCAGCGGGGAGCUGCAAAGGUUGUAUCUGCACACCGCCCGGUUGACAAGGAGCAGAUCAGCAACACCACAGGGGGGACUAAUCCAACAAGUGAUAGGCAAGUUCAAGAUCCAUCGAUAUGGGAUGUGCCACAAAGUCCGGGAUCGAAACAGAAGGCAUCGAAGCAGCGGCCACCAGAUCCUUUAGCAGAAGGACUCGAUCUUGACGAGGCAGUGUCGAGAAGACGAGAUUGGACGCCUCCCAGGGAUACUGUCGCUCAAAGCCCUUCAACGGUAUCGACCGGAAAGGAAAACAGCCCAUCGGCGCACGACGUCAUGACCGGCACCUUCACUAAUCUCAUUUCCAACUUUACAUACGAAUCGCCAACCGUCAAACUCACGAGCAUUACCACGAUGCCAAUUACAGCAACUUCGGGCAUAACAAAGCGCCGCCGAGUCGAACUUGUUGAGCUCCCCGGUGUUCAGACCACCGCUCGAGCAUCAUCUCCAGAAAAGGGAAAAGCACCCAAGAAGAAGCCACGCACCAUCACAGAUUUGGUGACUGGCCAGUAUGCACCGAAGGACACGAACGCGGAUGCGCAGACUGUCACAAGUGACUUUUUCUCGCCACAAACCAGCAUGACGAAAGUGCCUUUAAACGACGUCACAGCGCCCAAUGCUGAGGCGUCGCAAAAGAAGCCACCUAGCAAGCGGUCGAAGUCGAAAGACAGCUCAGAGGGAGCGACAACAAAGGCGAAGCCUCGUGCGAGGAAGGCAUCAACAAAGCCGGCUGCUAAACCAAAGUUAGUCGCUGAGAAGUUACUCAGUCCUGCUUCUGCAGUGAUGCGCAUGAACCGGCAAGAGGUGUUGUUCGGCACUUCAAGUCAGCUUGCGCUGGAAGAAUCACCCACGACUGUGCGACAGAUACAGCGAGCUAUUACAGAAUCAGAGCAAGAAGCAGGGACCACGUCUCACUUCCUGCUGGAAGCCCCACCACGAUGGCCGAAUCUUCAGCGAAUUGAAGGAAAGCGAGGCUUAUGGCGAGAGAGCACAAGAGACGGCGAUGGCUGUCUGCUCGAGAACAUGGAGACCGUCUACGUUCCAGAGCCAGACCGGACGCAGGACUUGCCUCUUCUCAUGGACGUUGCUCACGAAAAGCCAAGCCUACCCGCUGAGUUUGUGGACAACGAUGACAUCGAGCCUCCUGCACCCAUUGCGAUCUCGUCAGACCUGCCGACACCACCAGGAUCUCAGUCGCAGAAACAGAUCGUGGAGCCUGUGCCUACAGAAACGGCGCUUGACAAGGUAUUCGACGAUAUCGAUGACUUUGAUAGCGGCCUUCCUCCAUCCAACCAAAACGCCGAGUCACAAAAUAGCUUCGCAGAUAUCGAUGAUUUCCAGCCUGCUCCUUCAGCUGCAGCACAUCGCUCGCCCCAUAGCAUGGCAAGACCGCCAGCAUCAGCCCCAGCAAUGGCUACAGCUACGGGCUCACCCAAGAAACGUCGAGGUCGACCUCCUAAAGCAAAGAGCGCGAUACCAACUGUCCCAGCAGCAGCACCGCCUCCAUUGCGCAAUCCAUCACCGGCACAGCAGAUUCUACAGCGUCUGCCAUCAACCCCGCCGAAGGGGUCAGGCCGCUUCAUCGAUAUCGAGGAAAUUUUGGAUUCGGAAGAUGAGGCUCUCGAAGCGUUCUCGCCUACACCGCCUCGAGUGCGCAAGCUACAAGACUCACCUCCGUUACCGUUGGCUUUCGAUCAGGAACCUUCGGCGCCCAAUAAGGUUCAAGUAGACGAGCCCGGGAUCACGCCAAUCUUUCGCAUCUUCACAUCUCAUCUCGAAUGGGCCAACAUUAAACCCUCUAUCUGCACGGCCAUAACCGCACACAUCCGCUCCAUACCACCGACCACAGAUCCCAAGAAACCGAGCUGGCACGAGAAGAUCCUCAUGUAUGACCCCAUUAUCCUCGAAGACUUCACCGCCUACCUCAAUAGCAAUACCAAGCUUCGCACGUACAAACGAGCGACACAGAAGCAGAUUAAAGCCUACAACAACGAGCUGAAGAUUAAAGGCAGUGCAAUCUUGGGUGUGGAGAGAAAUGAUCAAGUGCUGGCAAUUGAGAAAGAGCUGGAGGUGCACAUGGUGAGGGACUGGUGUCAGGAGAUGAGCAUCUGCUGCAUCCAUGCAAAGGAGAGUCGAGGCCGAGGAAGUGCGAGGAAGGUAUUCUACUAGUUCCAUGGGGGUGCAUGAUGAGGGGAAAUGUGUAAUGAGGAAGAUACCCAGACGCCCAUGGAGGCAGAUCUGCAUAUGACGACGUUACGAUUUAGCAUGAGUGUGCACAAUCGAAGAGCAAGGAACUGAUAACAACAGCCGCGGUCCCCUGCGCACACCAAUAUCGAAUCUCCUCUUACGAGACUCGACUCGACACUAAGAACCCUACGAAAAGUGUGAACUCGUCACC